AUUGCAAGUAGAGCCAUGGCUGUCUCGUUUGGGGUGCGACGGUUGGGGCAGUUGCCAGUGGGAGUGAUGGGGGUGUUGGGGGUUCGUUCAGCUUUGGCACCUGUCCGGGGCUGGCGGAGAGCGGAGUUCCAGGGAAUCCGCCUGCUCAGUUCUCCAGACACUAGGAACUAUACAGCACAUGGCAACCUCAGCUAUUUCAAAGGGCCCACGGAUAUGAAGCUCACUUCUAAGACAGUAGGCCAGUGUCUUGAGGACACAGCUGAGAUGUUUCCAAAUAGAGAAGCCCUAGUUGUCUCACACCAGAACAUCCGGAAGACAUUUGAACAGAUUAAGCAGGAGGUGGACACCGCUGCCUUAGGGCUUCUGAACCUCGGCCUCAGCAAAGGAGAUCGGCUCGGCGUUUGGGGUCCUAAUUCCUAUGAAUGGGUGUUGAUGCAACUGGCCACUGCACAGGCUGGCAUCAUCCUGGUUUCUGUGAACCCUGCCUACCAGUCCGAAGAGCUAAAGUUUGUUCUCAAAAAGGUGGGCUGCAAGGCCCUUGUCUUCCCCAGCACGUUCAAGACCCAGAAUUACUAUGAUAUUCUGAAGCAGAUUUGCCCAGAGCUGGAGACAUGCAGCGCAGGGGCACUAAGGAGUAAGAAUCUUCCAGAACUGACCACAGUCAUCGUCCUGGACUCCAAAUUGCCAGGAACUUUCCACAUGAAUGAUGUGCUACAAGCUGGGAAAGCUGCCCAACUGGCCCAGCUCAAGGACGUCCAGAGAUCAUUGUCCUGCCAUGACCCCAUCAACAUCCAGUUCACUUCGGGAACAACAGGCAGACCUAAGGGAGCCACACUUUCUCAUCACAACAUUGUUAACAAUGCCAUCUUUAUAGGGGACCGGAUGAAUCUUCGCAACAAGGAGCCCCGGUUGGUCCUUCCCAGCCCCCUGUACCAUUGCCUGGGCUCUGUGGGGGGCACGAUGGUGUCCAUACUGUACGGUGUCACUCUCAUCUUGUCAUCUCCGAGUUUUGAGGGCAAGAGGGCACUGGAAGCUGUCACUCAAGAGAGGGGUACAAUGAUCUAUGGCACUCCCACGAUGUUUGUCGACAUGCUGAACCAACCUGAUUUUUCCAGCUAUGACAUUUCGACCCUUCGAGGAGGUGUGAUUGCGGGGUCCUCAGCCCCCCCAGAGCUCAUCAGAACCAUCAUCCAGAAGAUGAACUUGACGGAAAUGACGGUUGCAUAUGGGACCACAGAAAACAGUCCUGUGACUUUCAUGAACUUCUAUGAUGACAACAUAGAAAAGAAGAUAAACACUGUGGGCAGGAUUAUGCCCCACACAGAGGCCCAGGUCCUGGACCCACAGACACGGAAACAGGUAGAGAUAAACAUGCCAGGGGAGCUGUGUAUCCGUGGUUACUGCGUCAUGCUGGGCUACUGGGAUGAUCCUGAGAAGACAAAAGACACCAUUGAUGAGGACAAAUGGUAUUGGACAGGGGACAUUGCUGCAGUAGAUGAAGAGGGCUUUUGCAAGAUUGUAGGCCGUUCCAAGGACAUGAUCAUUCGAGGAGGAGAGAAUGUCUAUCCAGCUGAACUGGAAGACUUUUUUCACAAACUUCCCCAUGUGCAGGAAGCCCAGGUGGUUGGAGUAAAAGAUGAGCGGAUGGGGGAGGAAAUCUGUGCUUGUAUUCGUCUUAAGGCCAAGUACGAAGGACAGGUCACCCCCGAGGAACUGAAAGCUUACUGCAAAGGAAAGAUCUCCCACUUCAAGAUUCCUCGAUACAUCGUGUUUGUUAAGGAAUAUCCACUCACUGUUUCCGGAAAGAUUCAAAAAUACAAACUUCGAGAAUGGAUGGAAAAGCAUCUGAAACUGUGAAACCACAGUCAGGGUGGAAAGGACUCAACUCCUCUUGAGGAAUCUUCUUUCCAGUCUACCUGUACUUCCUCUGUUACCCUAUCCUGAUACCCAUAUCACUUUUCUUUAAUUUCAUAUAAAGAGAUUCUGCUUUCAA